AUGCCCGCAAAUUCGGAAAGGGGUUCUUCUGCAUAUACAAAUCGUAAAAUAUGUCCUCACAUAAAUCGAUUUAGUAAAAAAGAUUCUCCUACUGUCAAGAUUGAUUCUUCGGCUUUUAAGAAACAAAUUGCAAAUUCUACUUUACAUUGUGAAAUUUGUGAUACAAGAAUUCCAAAAAUAUGGGUGUGUUUGCAUCCCAAAUGUCGUUCAGUUGUUUGCAGUAGUCAUAGUUCAAGAUCUCAUAUGCUUACCCAUUUUGAAAGUUUACAUAGAGAAGAUAAGAAAGAUUCCUGUCAUUCAAUAUUCAUAAAUCCCCGUACAUUAACAAUAUGGUGUUAUAGUUGUUCAAUAGAAUUAAAUCCUUUCAACAAAGAUGAGGCUUUAUCUUAUGAAGUACGAAAUUAUUUAAAAAUUAUUGUGAGAUGGUUGGUCGGUUUGAAGAAUCUAGGGAACACUUGUUAUGCAAGUGCGGCUCUCCAAUGUUUAUCUAAUACUCCGGCAUUAACCAACUUUUUUAAUUACUGCGACGCAUAUAUUCCUCGAGGUAAUAGACGUUCUAAAUAUAAGUUGGCGGAAUAUUUUCGUGAUUUCAUAAAAGCCAUGUGGAGUGGUAUUAGUCCAAUUUAUGCCCCAGUUCAAUUAAUAGCCACAAAUAUAAGUUAUGAUUCAUAUAUAGAUGAUGAUCGUAGUGCUUACGGAUGUGGAGCUUCUUCAUCUUCUGUAUCUUUAUCAAAAGAUCAUUUUUAUGAUCUUCCCAUUCAAAUUGAUAAAAAAUUUAAACAAAAAUCAUUGGAAAAAAAUGAUGGUUUUGUAUGGAGCUCAGUAAAAGGAUUUUUAGGAUUUUCGGGAAGAACUUUAAGAUUACAAGAUUGUAUUGCUGCGUUUUGCGCUACCGAAAAUCUUACGGGAGAAGAUAAAUACAAAUGUGAGAAAUGUAACACGUUGUCUGAUAUUCAAAAGACUUUACGAAUAACCCGAUUUCGUUAUGAUUCUUAUUUUUCAUCAAAAAUUGGGACUCAUGUCGAAUUUCCGCUUGAAGAUUUGGAUAUGAGUCCUUAUUGUAAAGAAGGCCUACCGGCAUCCGAUGCGAAUGGAAAAUAUAAUUUAUAUGGUUUGAUACAUCAUCGAGGCGGUUUAGGAGGCGGUCAUUAUGUUGCCUACGCUAAGAACCCGAUUGAUGGAAACUGGUAUGAAUUCGAUGAUACGUAUAUUACUAAAAAAUCCGAGGAGGACAUAUCACGUUUAGAAGCCUAUGCAUUAUUUUACAGCAGGACCAGCCCUGAAAAAUACGAAGAACGAAAAGAAAUCCUUGCUAGAAUAUCGAAUGAUCCUGGAAUUAUAACCAAUUACGAUUUCAUUUGUAAACACGGAGGUAUAAAUCUUAAAAAUUAUCAUAAACUUCGUGACAUGGUGGUCGAAAUUCCCUUUAGUGCUUAUAAAAAUCUAGCAGAUAAAUAUGGUACGGACGGAAGUCCAUCAUUUUUUGCUUCAGAUUAUGGAACACCCGGUUGUUCAUCACGUAAAGAAGCUCACGAUGUUAAUAUUUUAGAUUCUAAUUCAAUAAAUCAUGGUGAAUAUUGGUGCUUAGUAAGUUCAGUCUGGUUACAAAAUUGGCACAAUUUUAAAUCAGGAGGUCCAUUGCCGGGUGCGAUUGAUAAUAAUACAUUCCUUUUAAAGAAUGGUCGACCCAGACCCGGAAUGAAAAAAGGAAUCGAUUAUAGAGGCGUUAAUAUAAAAGUCUGGACUUAUUUUCAAGAUACUUACGGUGGAGGACCAGCUGUUUUUAGAGCUACCAUCGAUUUAUAUUCCCCUCCAAUUUAUUUGGGUUUCAAAAAUGGUUUGCACUAA